CGAGGCAGCUGCGGCCGUGGCGCUGCCGGUGGCCGCAGAAAGGGGAGGUGGAGGUGGAAGCGGAGGUGGAGGUGGGAUGGCCCAGCCCUGAGCAGCGGUGGCGGCGGCGGCUCCUCGGCGGAGCCUCCUCCCCAUUCUUAGGAAGGGUGGUCAUGGAUGCUGUUGAACUGGCUUCAAGGGGAUUGAUUUCUGCCCCCGAACAUCCUUCAGUCCCUUCCGUUUCUCUCGGCUUGGCUCAGUGCCCCCACCCCCGGAGAGGGGUGUGGAAAGAAGCAGCCACAGAACCCAUGGAUCUCAGAACAUCGAGGACAAGGUGAGCAGCAUUGUCGCUGGGCAUCUAGGUAAACACAUGACACCUGCAACCUUUGGAGGAUCCUAGACUCAGAGCUGAAAGAGACUUCCAGGAGCUACAACCACAUCACCCUCAAGGAGAAAGCUGCAUUCUCUGGCUUAGAGAACCUUCCUGGCCAUCCAGCAUGUUCUGCCUGCUCUACCACGUGGCAUGCCGAUCAUGAGCAUCAACUCCUCUCUCAAUCAAGGGAAGGAACUGGCCAACCUCCCCGGCCCGGAGGGAGAUGACGGGGCAGUCACCAUCACUGAGUCUAUUGCCAUCAUCAUCAUCGCCAUCUUCGUCUGCCUGGGUAACUCGGUGAUAGUAUUCACCCUGUACAAGAAGUCCUAUCUCCUGACGCUUAGUAACAAAUUUGUCUUCAGCCUGACCCUGUCAAACUUCUUGCUAUCUGUGCUGGUGUUGCCCUUUGUGGCAACGAGCUCCAUCCGGAGGGAAUGGAUAUUUGGGGUGGUCUGGUGCAACUUCUCUGCACUCCUGUAUCUGUUGAUCAGCUCUGCCAGCAUGCUUACCCUGGGUGUCAUUGCUAUUGACCGCUACUAUGCCGUCCUUUAUCCCAUGGUGUACCCCAUGAAGAUCACUGGGAAUCGGGCUGUGCUCGCCCUUGUCUACAUCUGGCUCCAUUCCCUCAUCGGGUGCCUCCCUCCCUUGUUUGGCUGGUCAUCUGUGGAAUUUGAUGAGUUCAAAUGGAUGUGUGUAGCUGCCUGGCACCGGGAGAUUGGGUACACGGCCUUCUGGCAAAUCUGGUGUGCCCUGUUGCCCUUUGUGGUCAUGGUGGUUUGCUACGGCUUCAUCUUCCGUGUUGCGAGGGUGAAGGCCCGAAAGGUCCACUGUGGUACGGUGGUCAUUGUGGAGGAGGACGCUCAAAGAAAUGGGAGAAAAAACUCUAACACUUCCACGUCUUCCUCGGGCAGCAGGAGGAACGCUUUCCAAGGUGUGGUCUACUCUGCCAACCAGUGCAAAGCGCUCAUCACCAUCCUGGUAGUGAUUGGGGCAUUUGUCGUCACAUGGGGCCCCUACAUGGUUGUCAUCACUUCGGAGGCUCUCUGGGGAAAGAACAGUGUCUCUCCUGCCUUGGAGACCUUAGCCACUUGGCUGUCCUUUACCAGCGCCAUCUGCCACCCCCUCAUCUACGGACUCUGGAACAAAACAGUCCGCAAAGAACUAUUAGGCAUGUGCUUUGGAGACCGCUAUUACCGAGAGCCAUUUGUCCAGCGACCGAGAACUUCCAGGCUGUUCAGUAUCUCCAACAGGAUUACAGACCUAGGACUGUCACCACAUCUCACCGCCCUCAUGGCAGGAGGGCAGCCGCUGGGUCACAGUAGCAGCACUGGGGACACUGGCUUCAGCUGCUCUCAGGAUUCAGGGACUGAUGUGAUGCUACUUGAAGAUUACAGUUCUGAUGACAACCCUCCUUCACGCUGCACUUGUCCUCCCAAGAGACGGAGUUCAGUGACAUUCGAAGAUGAAGUGGAACAAAUGAGAGAAGCUGCCAAAACCUCAAUUCUCCACGUGAAGGCUGAAGUACACAAGUCCCUGGACAGCUACGCAGCCAGCUUGGCCAGAGCCAUCGAAGCGGAUGCCAAGAUUAGCUUGUUUGGGGAGGAGGCUCUGCCUGGAGUGCUGCUGGCCACUCGGACCAUGCCGGGGGGAAGCUUCGGGGGCCGCCGAGGCAGUAGGACUCAUGCUAGCCAGAGGCUGCAGCUGCAGAGCAUUGAGGAAGGGAACAUUUAGCUUUGGGACCAUCAAUGAGGGACCAGAGACACCGCGCAGGGACCAGGGCUAGAGCUGCCGUUCCAUAGGAUGCCAAGAAAGCAAGACCCUUCUCCAAGGAAGCUGUGGCUCCGAUUGGCACAGUGGUGGUGGGGCUGCAUGGGGCUGGGGGUGAUUGCCUGAUACAUAAGCACCCAAAAAGACAAACGGAGACAAAACUGCUACAGUUGGCAACUAGUUUUGGCUCAUUGUUACAUUAUAGCCACUCUUCUAGGUUCUAGUAAUUUUUUAUCCCUAAGGGGAGCCAAGGCACAUAGAGAAACAAAUGUAGCAUGGUUUUGUUUUAUUUGGAGAGACACUGUUACCAGGUCCUCCCAGUUGGGGCAGAUAAUUUUGAAUGUAGCAGGGUUGUACAAGGAAUCAGAGAGCGGGGAAUGCACUUUCUAGGGAGGGCAUCCUUCCUUCCACGUCGUCCCCAGGGCCAUUGGGCUGGUGUUUUGUUCUUUGGGUUGGCACCCUUGGGUGCUGUGUGCGGUAAUUCCAAUUUUUGUGCUAAGGGAAAAAAAAGAAAACUAAGUGCUUGUUUAGCAGAAGGUCCAGCCCAUGAAGAAUUAGAGUUCUAAGAGCUGGUGUCUGAGCUUUCUACCUGUUUGGCUUCUGGGUGCUUCUUGCUGAAGCUGUAGGUGGGUCAGGUUCAGAGAGAAGUGAAAUUGUCCUUGCCAGAAAGCAGAUCAUUCGUUGAGGGUCAAGCUGUUUGACUUUCUCACCCAGGGGUGUUUGUAUUUCACAAGGGGGAAACCACUAUUCAUAGGAAAGAGGAAGAGUAGUCAUAGAUACCUUGUGUUUCAGACUGAAAACUUUCAGGAUAGGUAUUAAGCACAACUAUACAGUGUAGCUCCUAUUUUUAUUUAGGGAUGAAGCUAUCCUUACAAGUGAAAGCUUCAUUGAGUGCCCUUCUAUUUGUGGUAUUACAAGUGAUCUUAGGACAGGGUCUUCUUGGGAACCAGGGUUAGAAAAGAAUUAAUGGUCCAAAAAGCCAGUCACUGCUUCUCAAGAUGUACUGUCCAGACCUUUGUGGUCAUUUUUCUUUCACUUUGGAGGAAAAAAAAAUGGAUACAAUAGAGCCAGAAAACAGUAUAUGCAUCUUUAAAAAAUUAUGGUAUAUACAAGGAAAGGAAUACCUGGGCAUUUUUUCCAGUCUACUUUUCCAGUUAUUGCACAGUCCCCAGUGGAAGACCAGCCAACAGGAAAUCUUGGAGUAAAAGGCUUGAAUUGUAAAGAGUUCUUCAAAAGUACAAAGAAUAGUCAGACAUGAACUUCCUAAGGUCAGAUUUUUCUUAGCUUUACCUUGAAGGUUUGGGAUAAAGAUGGCCAUAGGAUCCCAAAUGAACCCAAGAUUCCAGAAGAAUGUCUUCUUUCCCUGUCAUCGUCCCCCUGACAUGGGAUGGUUUUAUCCUAAGUUGAAUAAAAUCCAUUUGUGAUUUGGGGAGGGGGGGGGGGUUGAAUAUAACUGAGUGAGGGGCAGCAUGAUGUAAGUGAACAGAGAGCUGACCCACAAAGCAAGAAGACCUGUAUUCUAGUCCUGCUUCUGACACAUACUGGCUGUGUGAUCCUGAACAAGUCACUUAGCCUCUCAGUGCUCCAAAAGGUCCUGUAAGACUGUGAGUUUUAGAGAAAAUGCCAUUCUGCAUCAGUAGAAGGAAUUUUCCAUUCCAGGAGUUCCCUAUGUUUAAGAAAUCACAGAUUUAGACUCUAUAUCUUUAAUGAGGUAAGGCUUAAAAGUGAUCCAGGAAUGCCUGUUUUCAAGUAGCCCAAAUUUCUCUCUCCUCUUGACCCUUCCAUUUGGGAUAUGGCUAAGUUUGGAGGGUAGACUUUAUAGCAUUUACUCUUUAAAACAAUAAUGUAAGUAGAAAGCAUCUUUAAUUGCAUUUUCUAAGAGGUUUUAUAGUAUUGGCCCAUAGUAUAAUCUUGACAUUCUCUCAUUUCAAGAAUGAGGCCCUUAUUAACAUUUACCAAACCCUAUGUCAGAUGAAGACAAGAGUAUUGUGUUUGACAAAUGGCAAGAGAGCUUCCCAACUGGAGAGAAGAGUUGGGAUCUUAAAAGAUGUUGGGACCAGCCAAAACAACAGGUUGAUACUAACAGGAUAAAAUUGGGAAUCAGUGUGAUGUUCUAAUCUUGGGUUUAAAAGAAAGAAGGAAAUCCAGUGCAUUACAAGGGACUAGACAAGAGAGUAGACGAAGAAUUGGGAUUUAGUGGAUGAUAAGUCCAAUGUGCCAUGUCUCAUGGCAGCCACAACAGACUCUUCCAUUCAUAAUCAACAGUCAAUGAAAUAUCAUGUCCAAGAUGGAGUUCAUGGAAUCAGAAACCCAGAAUUAGAAAGGACUAUGGAAACUAUCUUGUCCAAUCCCCUUAUUUUACAGAUGAGGAAAUGGAAGGGGAAAGAGCUUAAAAAACUCGUGUAGUAAUGGAGGUGGAAGUGACCCCAGAAACCCUGCCCCAGUGCCAUUCAUAGGUCUGCUGGCCAAGCCACAUGUAGAAUCCCGAGUUCCAUUCCCAAUUAUGACAUAUUACAACAAGUGGAGAGCAGCAGAAGGAGAGACCAUACAGUCACUGAUUCAAGACCCUGGAGGAGAGGAAACUUUUAGGGAAGAUCUUCAGGAAGCAGGCUAUCACGUUAGAAGAAUUAUAUUUGUGAUCAGCCCCAGAAGGCAGAAUGACACUGCAGAAAGAUAUAAUGAGGUUCAAUGGAAGGGAAAAAAACCAUUUUGGGCAAUUAGAGCAUUUCCAAAAAUGGAAUGGGCUCUGUUAGGAAAUAGUGAGUUUCCUGUCAUUAAAGGUCCCCAAGAAGAGAUUGAAUGACAACUUGUUAAAGGUGCCCUAGAGGAGAUCUCUGUUCAAAUGGCUUCUGAAAUCCCAACUUUGAGGGCCUGGGAUUCAUUUCUCAGUGCAGGGAUAGGGUAUGUGUAUGUGUGGCUAAAAGAAAUUGAUUCUUUUCCUUCUUCCCCACACCCAAAGAAGAAAGGAACUCAAUUGCCAGGCUCUUUCAUGACAUUUCUUUGACUCUCCCACCCUACUUGUGAUUGUGAUUCCUGGUGUCAGGAAAAGGUUGCUUUCUGAAACUUUCCUGCUCUCAUUUCCCCCUUAGAAUUCACUUAAGACAGUAUUUAUAAGGGCUAUAUUCCUGAUUAGCCAUUGGGGACAAAAGGAAUGGGACUGGGGCAUAUGACAAAGGUUGAAAUAGUCCAUAACAUUUCACCACUGUCCCCCAUGUUGAACCCAGUGGCCUAAGGAAGGAAGGGUCCCAGGGCUUAACAGUUCAAACCAUCUGUUGGGGUUACCUUGCCUUUUUUCAGUGUAUUGAGAAAUUUUAGAGAUCGGGUGAUUUUGACAGGAUACCUUUUCCUUGAGUGGCUAAAUCUCCAGGGGGAAAUGUUCUGGGAACUUAGCUGAUCCCUGUAAGCUAUACUGGGCAGUAUUAAGAUUCAUCUUGUAAACCACCCUGACUCCAGUUUAGAUUUCUAUAAACUGCCAGCACUUUGUAUUGGUUUGUAAGUUAACCUUAUCCAUGUUAAUUGAGUUAAUGAGGGAAAUCCUAGAGGAUUCACCUUUGUGUCUAGAGGGAUCUGAGCUAAGAGAAUUUCAUAUAAAACAGCUGCCCAACUAAUUGCCAAAAAACAACCCAUCACAACCCCCCAAAAGAGCAAUAACAUUAACUCCAUCCAAGCCAGAAGUGCUAAAAUGAGAAAACCUUUCUUGACAAGAUGGAAAACUGUUAACUUUCUAGUUCUCUGACCCCACAUCCUGCUUGUUCUGACCUCAAUUCUGAUCCCAAGGUUGCUGACUUCUUGUGGUAGUGCAGGGCACUUCAAGGGCUAGUAACUCACCCCCUUCAGCUCCUUUCUCCCUGUUAUAUUGUAUUGAAGCUUCAGCACUACCAUGUAUUUAGGUCCAAAAGAUCAUCCAGUGUUGUGUGUCUAGGAACAUCAGCAUCAUAUACUGGGGAUUGUUGGAGUCUUUGGGAUAAGCAGUUGAUAUCGGAAGAAGUUGCUUUCAAUCUCUCCAUCUUAAACAAUAGAUGUUGAAAGUAAUUGCUAUGAAAAUUAUCAGUUAUCUUCAUUGAAUACCUGGGCUUAGGAGGAGGGGUUAGGAUAGUAGAUGUCAUUUUCAGGAACUGUAUGCUCUUUCUACAAAAAAAAAAAAAAAAAAAAAAAAAAAAACAAAGCAUAAAUCAUGAAGAGAAGUACAAAAAACUUGCCCUUUGCAGGUUUCCUAGCCUCUUUUCAGAAGAAUAUUUUUAAAUAUAUAAAAUAAAAUAGAGGAUAACAAAAGGAAAUCAAUUAUAUUGAAAGUUACCAAUAUUUUUAGAAAAUAAGAUCACAGACCCUAAAUUAAGAACUGAUAUAGUCCAACUCCUUCAUCUUUUAGAUAAGGAAACUGUUCCAAGAUCACAUAAAUAUUAAAUGGCAGAGCUAGAAUUUGAAGUACAGCCUAAUGAUUCAAGAUGGAUGUCUUUCCACUACUUUAGGGACUGAAGGAACCCUCUGUGGAGCUUAAGAAAGACAUGGAAGCAUUCAAAGGCUUUGAUGCCAGAAGGCCAAGCAGACUGACUUAUAUAGAGGGACAUUCUUUAAACUUUGGCAAACUGAAGAACACGGGCUCUAUGGGGAAUAUUUGAGUGACCUUAAGAAAUCAUAGACUCAUGGGAGAUGAUUGGAAUUGGCUCAGAGCACAAAUUAGAAAAAGCACAACUUUGGCCAGUGUUAUGUUUGUGGCUGUGUAUCACAAAGUCACAGUGUUCAUUUUCUUCAAAUCUUUUCCCUGAAUAGUGUUAGCUAGCAGCGAAUUUUAAUCCCCUUCUUUUAAACUGUUGACAUAGGCGUUUUUGCCCAAGUGUUGGGGAAAAAUCACAAAUCGUGGAGAAGGUCAACUCUGUCUGAAUUUAGGGUAACAUGAGGUAAGAUUAUAUAACACUGCUGCCAUGUAAGAAUAAUUGUAUAGGGAGGCAUAAUGGUGUGUCAUUCCAUGUUGCAGAUGCAUGACAUGUGUAUGGGUGCUGACAAUGCAACUCUCAAUCAUGGAAAGUACUCAUCCAGGAACUGGUAUUUGGAUUAAAGUUUGGAGAUUUAAAAAAAAAAAAAAAAAAAAA